AUGUCUGUCGUAUCUCUCCUUGGGGUCAGCGUCUUGAACAACCCCGCUCGGUUCACGGACAAAUACGAGUUCGAGAUCACGUUUGAAUGCCUCGAGCAGCUGGAGAAAGACCUCGAGUGGAAGCUCACCUACGUUGGCUCGGCGCAGUCGGACAACUACGAUCAAGAACUCGACUCGCUUCUGGUGGGGCCGAUCCCCGUCGGUAUCAACAAAUUUGUGUUCGAGGCCGACCCUCCCAACACUAAGCGCAUCCCUACCGACGAGCUGCUAGGUGUCACGGUGAUUCUCCUGACAUGCGCCUACGACGGCCGCGAGUUCGUGCGCGUCGGUUACUACGUCAACAAUGAGUAUGAUAGCGAGGAGCUGGUUAACGACCCUCCAACCAAGCCCGUCAUUGAGAAAAUCCGCCGCAACGUGCUAGCCGAGAAGCCGCGUGUCACGAGAUUCAAUAUCAAAUGGGAUUCUGAGGCCUCAGCUCCCGCUGAGUUCCCUCCUGAGCAGCCCGAGGCCGAUCUUGUCGCCGACGAGGAUGAAUAUGGCGCCGAGGAACUUGCCGAGGAGGAAGAGGAGCUCGUGGAGGCUGGACCGGCCGAUGCCAACGGCGCAGAGCCUGUCGAUAAGGACGCCGAGAUGGUCGGAGUCGAGAACGGCGAGCCCGAAGUAGAAAUCGGCGCCGAAGAGGACGAGAUGUCGGAUGACGGCAGCGUUGAUAUCGAGGGUGAGAGUGAGGAUGAGCUAGAGGAGGAAGAGGAAGUCGAGGCUGAGGCUGCCGAGGUCGAUGAGAUGGAUGUCGAUACCGACAAAGUGGGGGCGCCUGCGGGAGCUGCCAAGGAGGUCAUGGUUCAGUAA